AGAAAAUUCCUCACCAACCCCCUGUAAAACUCAGAGAGCUUUGAAAAACUGUGCGAACCCCACUCGCCUCCUUCCUCAACACAGGUUCCUGGUCCCGGCGCUCGGAAGCUCUCGGUGCGAUGCCAUCCUGCCACGUGCCGAGUGUGAGGCAUCUAUCCAAGUGGAUGUUUCCCCCUCUCCUCCUUUUGCUGGCUGAGCUGGCCUGCGCUGCCCACCCCACGUACCAGUGGAAGGAUGCUGUGACGAACGAGAGGAUCACGUGCCAGCAGUGCCCUCCCGGGACCUUCGUGUCACAGCACUGCUCCAGGGACAAACGCACGGAGUGCAAGCCCUGCCCGGAUUUGCACUACACUCAGUACUGGAACUACCUGGAGAAGUGCCGCUACUGCAACGUCAUCUGCGGGGAGAAGCAGGUGGAGGUGCAGCAGUGCAAUGCCACACACAACCGCGCCUGCCAGUGCCAGCAGGGCUACUACUCCAACAUGGAGUUCUGCAUCAGGCACUCCGAGUGUCCCCCGGGCUCUGGGGUUGUGAAGCCGGGUACCCCCUUUGAGGACACCCAGUGCCAUGACUGCCCCCACGGCUUCUUCUCCUCCAACUACAGCACCAACCCAUGCCAGCCACACCAGGACUGUGAGCAGCAGGGGAAGGUGACCAACGUGCCGGGCAACAAGUACCACGACACCCUCUGCACAUCCUGCAGGCUGGGGAGAGGCAACAGCACACAGGGAUCAGCUGAAGAAGAUGAAGACUGCGAACAAGCCAUGAUAGACUUUGUGGUGUAUCAGAACAUUCCCGUCAAGAAGCUGAAGCGGCUGCAGCAGAUCCUGGAGCACUCGCCGAAGAAGCAGGCACCAUGGACCAGGGCAGCCAUCCAGGAGAAAUUCCGGGCUUUCCUCACUCACAAGAAGGAGGAGGACUCUGAGGUCACCAAGGAGCUGCUGGAUGCUCUGCGCAUGGUCAAGCUCCACUCCAUCGAGGAGAAGGUCCGCAAGCGCUUCCGGCUGCCCUGAGAGCACGACCUGGACUUUUUGGGUGCUCUUUGUUUUGGUUUUUAUCUUCUGAGGCUCCAUUAAUUUAUUCAUCUUUCCAAACAUAACUUGAAAAGCAGCAUGAGAGAUGAACGAUGGAGUGGCACCGUGACAUGGCUGCUGUGUUACUGCUGAUGGGUUGGGAUGGGAUGGGAUGGGAUGGGAUGGGAUGGGAUGGGAUGGGAUGGGAUGGGAUGGGAUGUGUGAGCAGCAGUAUUCCCUUGCUAGUGGCUGUGGCAGCUCCUGGGAGCUCACCAGGUGUUGGCCACUGAUUUUCCAGCCCUUAGCAAGGGUCAAUAUUUUAUCAGAAGAAAAACCUGCAUCCAGGGUCAUUAUUUCUGGGGAAGAACACGGUCCCCUUUAUAGACAACAGUUUGGCUUUGUUUUAGACUGUGUGAAUUUGGGUUUGUUGGGAGUUUUAGUCAUUUAACAGUAUUUCCCACAGAGGAUUUGCUUGUAUUUCUUUGUCAUGCUUCUGUUUGAGGAGUUUGCUGCUGAGGCACAGGAAGGAGGAUGAUGCCCCAAACUCACUGGUACAGCUGGCUUGAAAUUUAUUUCUUAACUGCCUAUUUUUAUACCAUGUGUGAAAGACGUUUUCUAAAGAAAGAAACCAAAGAAGUUAUUUUAUCAUACAA